AUGAAUGAGCUUAUUAGUAUGCUAUACGGGGCGGAGGAGUACCCGAAGCAGCUCAAUGUCCGCAUCCACCAGCAUUACGUCAGGGUUCGUAAGGAUCACUUGACUAUCGAGUACAACGGCAAGGGGCGAUACUGCGAUCCAGGCUCUGUACAAUCGGAAUUGCCGGCUCCGAAGGAUUGCGUUUUGUAUUAUUUCGAGGUGAAUGUCGUGAGCAGCGAGAGCCCAGCUAAAGUUGUGGUGGGAUUCUCGGAUGGCAGCUACCACCUGAACCGAUACCCAGGAAACGAUCCAUUUUCCGUCGGGUAUCGUGGUGAGAACGGCCACGUCUCCCUUGGCAGCGGCAAGUGGGAGUCGUACGGGUCGGCCUACGAACAAGGCGACACUGUGGGUUGCGGCAUAAACUACCUGAAGCAAUGCUACUUUUUUACGCGCAACGGCAAAUACCAGGGUGAAGCUGGCAGAUUACACCAUUGCGACAACUUCCCUACUGUUGGGUUGGGUCAAUUCGGGGACCACGUCACAUGCAACUUCGUCGGUCCCUUCAAGUUCGAUAUCGCAAAUGAAUACCGCCGCGCGCUGGCCUCCGAGCAGAAGGAAAUAAACGCGAAGCACGUAGACAUGGAGUCAUUGGAUGUGUUGGUGUACUCGUAUUUGCUCUACAGCGGCCACAAGAGGACUCUGGAGGCGUUCAGCAGGGAGCGAGGCGCGAUCGCAGCCGAUAGUGCAGCUGCUGCAACCAUCGAGGAUUGCGCAAGCACCGCCGCAGAUGCAUUGCAGGAGGAGGAGAAUACCCCUGAAGAGGAGGGAUCCGACGAUGGAUCAAACGACGAGAUUUAUGCCGAAUCUAUCUACAUCACAGACGAAGUUUUUCUGCGUUUUGAGUCGUCGCUAGAUGUGCGCCACAAGUUGUCGAAUCUUGUGCUCUCAGGGCGUUCGUUCGACGCUUUACGUCUGCUGCAUUCGGCCUACGUCGACGUGGACAAGCAGUCAUUUUACUAUUGCCGACUACUAACCCAGCACUUCCUGGAACUGGUGAUGAACGGCCGCGUUGAGGAGGCCAUCAGGUGGUUCAGGGGCGUCUACGAUUUCAGCGUUAACAAAUAUCCUUGCUUCAAAAAGCUGCUUGAGGAGACCAUGGAAAUUUUGUGUUACAAAGAUGUAGAAGCUCACGCUGUUCGUGAUUAUUAUGGCGCUCGGCGCCGUUUGUGCGUGGCACGUGAGAUUAACGACCUAGCACACGGCUACGACUUUUGGAGGAACAGCCUGAGGGUGUUGGUGCAGUUCCUGACGAUGGGUCGUCGUGACCUUCGCGUGAAACGUGGCUACAGCGGGCCGACGUAUUCAGCGGCCUACAUCUGUCAGCCUCUGGAAACCUUGUGA